AUGAAGAGUGCCAUAGUAAUGUUUUUCCUGAUAGGGGCAGUUUUUGCCAACCCAAUUCCAUUCAAUGCUGUUUUGGAAUCCAAUGAGCUUGACUCAAACUCGACUGAAAGUUUGUCUGUUUCACAAUCAUUGGAAAACGACACCUCAGUACUUCAGAGCUCUGAAGAAAAUUCCUCAAGCGAAAGUCAGAGCUCAGAGUCUGAAUCAUUAGAGUCCACAUCAGAAGACACGACUUCAGAGGAGAGUAACAGCCUAUCAGAUGAGGAUGAUGGGAAUGACUCUGAAAUGACUGAAACCAGAGAUAACAGCAUGGGCAGCGAGGAGAACAUUAGAAAGAGUUGGGUUCGAGUGUUUGCAAGUGUCACCGGAGUCCUGAGCGCAGAGGACAACAGCAGCAGCACAGAGGUCAAGGGUCAAUCAGAGCACCUGACUGAGAAGCAGCCCGAUCAUACCUCCACCAGCACCACGUUCAGACAGGGGACCAACACAAACCUGCAGCUGGUCGAGAGUCCCACCGACAGCAGUGACAGCACCAGCGACAGCGCAGAAACCACUGAAGUUACUCCUACCAGCAGCAGCGAGAGCAGCAGCAGCGAGAGCAACGAGACUAACGAGACCAGUGACAGCAGUGAUGCCAGCAAGAGCUCGGAGGAGAGUAAUGCCAGUGACAGCUCCGAGCUGCAACGCAUCAAAAGCCCAGACUGUGUGAACGGAACUCAGAGCUGUGAAAGCGACGAGUAUUUCUUCCAGGAUAUAGGAGACGAUGCUCAUUACUCAGUGGACAAUCUGAUGGUGCCAGAUGAGGAUGAAAGGGAGUUAAGUCUAAGGAGAUGAUGACAUGCACUGUGCAGCUCUGUGUUUUCCCACUAUGAACUACACCACCAUUAAGUGACCUGCCUGAAGAUUUCAGGAUAAUAUAUAUGCUCUUGUGCCCAUCGCUUCUGAAUGUUGAUUUAGGCAUUUUAAUGUUUCCUGCAGCUGACUGAUUUUUGUGUGU